AUGGCUGCCCAGCUGCCCAGCAUCCAGGACUCGCCUCCUUCGCACAAGGAGCUGUUCUACAACGGGCAAUGGCAUGCGCCCCUCAGUAAAGAAUACCGUGAGACCUUCAAUCCCGGCAACGGCAGCGUCAUAGACCAGGUCGCGCAAGCCGGCGCCAGAGAUGUCGAUGCUGCCGUCGAGGCUGCCCAUCAGGCAUUCGCUGGAUGGCGCUCGACCCCUCCAGCGCAACGGGCGGCUUACCUGCGCAAGGCAGCCGAUGUGAUCCGCCAGCAUGCAGAGCAACUGGCCCUCCUAGAUGCCCUCAACACGGGCAAUCCGGUGGCUGAGAUGCUGAGCGACGCCAAGGUGGCAGCGGCCAAUCUGGACUACUUCGCGGGCCUGACACCCAUGGUCCGGGGCGAAACAAUCCCCCAGUCGGACGACUCCUUCCACUAUACGCUGCGAGAGCCGCUGGGCGUGGUCGCCCGUAUCAUCGCCUUCAACCACCCGGCCAUGUUUGCGGGUGCGAAGAUGGCCGCGCUUCUGGCCGCUGGCAAUACCGUCAUCAUCAAGCCGCCCGACCAGGCUCCCCUCUCCUGUCUGCGUCUGGCCGAGAUCCUGAGCGACGUCUUCCCUCCGGGCGUGCUGAACAUCCUCCCCGAAGGGGUCGAAUGCGGGAAAGCGCUGUCGACGCAUCCUCUGGUGAGCAAGGUGACUCUGAUCGGCAGCGUCCCGACGGGCAAGGCGAUCCAGCGCGCUGCAGCGGACACGCUCAAGCCGACUCUAUGCGAAUAUCGACAAACUGGUCAAGGCGUGGCCCGGGGCAUGAACUUCACCUGGGCCGGCCAGUCGUGUGGCUCGACGUCGCGGGUCUUUCUUCACGAGUCGCACCAUGACGAGGUCCUGCGGCGAGUGCGCGACUACGUGCGAACGCAUUUCAAACCAGGCGUACCCACCGACCCGUCCACCACAAUGGGGCCUGUGAUCAGCAAAGCGGUACAAGAGCGGGUGCUAUCCUACAUUGAAAGCGCGAAACAAGAAGGCGCCGAGCUGCUGCUGGGUGGGAAGGCUCCCACAGGCAUCCCGGAGAUCGAAGGCGGAUACUUUGUCGAGCCGACCAUCUUCGCCAACGUCCAGCCUCAUAUGCGAAUUGCCCGGGAGGAGAUCUUCGGGCCGGUCAUGUCGGUGUUCAAGUGGACGGACGAAGACGAGGUGAUCCGACAGGUGAACGACACGCGGUAUGGCCUGACGGCGGCGAUCUACACGCAGAGCAUGGCGACGGCACACCGGACGGUGCCGAAGAUCGAAACCGGCUUCAUCUGGGUGAAUCAGGUGGGGAAUCACUUUCUGGGGAUUCCAUUCGGGGGGUUCAAGGAGUCUGGUUCGGGAAGGAGGAGUGUUUGGACGAGUUGCUGUCGUUUACGCAGACGAAGUGUGUCAAUGUUAGCUUGCGGUGAUGCAGCAGACAUGCAGCGCUGA